GUCUGAUAGAAGCAGGGUAUUAUACAGAGUGGGGAAGUCCAGGUAUUUCCUACAGGGAGAUUUUAUACAGGAUCUUCAGCAGACGGAGAGGCCGUCGCCGUCUUCACCGCAAUGCACACUCUUUGAACAACAUGACGGAGCACAAUCAGGAUCAUAUUGGGAAUGACGCCACAGAGACACAUAAUACCAAGACCCAUGAGACAUCUGUUACUGGGACACAGACCAGAAGAAACAUCAUGAGUAACUUAUCUGCGAAGAAUGUCAGCUGCUUUUUCCUCAGCCUCCUUUUGGCUUUUGAAAUAACAGACAUGCAUGUUCAACUAAAAAAAACCCUAGAGGAAGUGCAAUCACUUAGACAGCAGAUAAACAUGCCUGUUCAUCUGGCAGACACAAUACCUAACUUUGCCUUAGAAUCGCAAGGUGCCACAGUUUUGCACGAUUUAUCUACAGAUACAUAUUGGCCUCUAAAACACAUAGGACUAAUGUGGGAUAGAAUUUUUCACUGGGACUAUUCGACCAAAAGACAGCGACAAGUGAUUCAGGGACACACAUCAUUACAUCCUGGACAAUGCUGGUGCUUUUCUGGGGACAAUGGACAUUUAUUCAUCUCACUGUCCCACCCGAUCUCCAUCACUCAUGUGACACUUGGCCACAUAACAAAAAGCCAGUCGCCUUAUGGCUACAUCGCAAGCGCACCGAGGGAGUUCUCUAUCUACGGAAUGAGGACCGUGGAUGAGGAAGGGUCCUAUUUGGGAACACUGGCUUAUGAUCAAGACGGUGCAGCAUUUCAGACCUUCAAACUGCCAAAUCCAGACAGUGGUGUCUUCAGAUAUGUGAAGCUACAGAUUGAGAACAACUGGGGAAACGUUGACAACACCUGCCUCUACAGCUUCAGGGUUCAUGGUGAACUCCCUGUAUAACUGUAAUUCUUUUCUCUGAGUGUUUUGUUUUUCUCAAUAAAUGCAUUUAUCAUUUAUCCAUCUUGCUAAAGCACAAACUGGUCAACAAGUCUAGUAACAAGUCUUUCUACGGUAACGUCAACACAUACUUUCCUUUUUUUUAAAUUUAGAUUAAUGAACUAGAGGUGUUUUUUGGCCAAAAUAAUAUACAUUGUAAAUAAUUUUGAGCAAUUAACAACAGGGGAUGGAUUCACAUCUUAACAAGGUAUCAGACUUGAGAAUAAGAAAAGGUAUAUUCCCUAUAGUGUGUUUAUCUGCAAUGGCUCAGCACUUCAGCUAGCUGUUUGCUGUUUAAAAUUUUUUAUGUUUAAAAGUUUUUUGCUCUGUAGCAUUUUGACCUAUUAUUUCCUCCAUUUCCUUUCACAAGAUACGCUGCAGGGUAUAUACAGCAGCCUUUUCAACCCCAUUAAUCCAUGAUUAAUUUACACGUUACAAUAAAUUUACUCUUGCCUCACCUAUCUUCAACCACUAAAGAUGAACUUCUUGUCAUGUGUUAAUCCUCAUUGAAUAGCAUUACAAACUGGGAACUUGAAAGAUGUGGGCGUUUCCCCGGCAGGUAGCGUCCAAUGAAAUCACGCUUUAGUUAUAUUAUGGAAAUGUAGGAUGCAGUCAUUUUAGAGCUUCACUAAUAGUGACAAAAAAGUCUGGAUAUCAACAACUGUUUCUUGUUUUUAAUCGGUCUCUCUCUUGAGCACCCUAGCUUUAUAGACGUGUGAUAUUAAAUAAAAAAUAAUUAAAGUGUUGACACCAUAAUUGUAUGACAGAAAAUUCUGCAUUUCCUUAUCAAAAUAUUAUCUAAAAUGCAAAAAUGUGCCGUUCAAUGUGCGAGUCCAUGUAAAAUAAUAUACAAUUUGUACCGUGCAAUAGACUUUAUAUUAAAUUACUUUGAAAUUACAGUAUUUUUUUUAUUUAUUUUUUUUAACAAAGCGCCUUUUUGUUUUUGAGGGCCUGCUUCUUAAAUAAACUGACAAAGUGUUCAGUCAAUAACGGUGAAAAAACAGAACAAGAACUGGCUCGAGGGAGUGACCGCUCAAACCGCAUGAAACCACAUCCCUCACUAACCACCGAAUAUAUUUUUA